GACUGGGCGAUAUAAAUAGGAAACUGGUUGGACGCGGGCCUUCAGUCGAUCCAGUAUCGUGUCCACGUUCUGACCAUGCGCCACAUAACCGUCUGUUUGGCGGUGACCACCGCCGUAGUGCUCCUGGUCCUCUUCCAGCCCAGUGCCGUCGAUGCUGCCAGCGAACCCAUCUGCACGUAUCGCAACUCGGAGGAUGAGACCAUUUUCCUGAAGUACCUGCCCCUGCUGAAGCGUGGCGAGGACUAUGUGGACUUUGGGAAGGAGGGCAAGUGCCUCAAGCGGGCCAUUUGCACGGAUACCUUCAAGACCAUCGUCGAGGACUGCUCCAAACACAAGAUCACUUGCGCGAACAAGGAUCGCUUCACUGGCGUCUUUCCUGGCUGCUGUCUCAAGUGUCCUUGAGUCUUAAGCCAAAAUCCCAAUCAAAUAAUCAAUUAAAAACCAAUCAUUAAAUUAAAUUAAAUAAAUUAAUAUAAAAUAUUUGUCUGUGGAUGUGGAACUUUUGUGAAAUUUUGAAUCCAAGUAGACCUCCAAAUGGAAGUGCCCAGGAAUAGCGUUUCCAGGACUCAGUCUUGUACAGAAAUUCUAGCAUAUAAGCUGGCGGAGGGUGUCUCAUGUUGGAAUAACCAGGAAUUGGGAGAGGAAUUGGCAAAUAUGGACGAGUUCAUAACAUCCUGGACAUCUCUGAUAGUCGCUGGAGGUCUGCAAGCAUCAUACAGACCGGAUAGUCACAAAAAAAAAAGGAUAGAUGGAUCCAUUCCAAGAACGAAGUAGUCUUUCAGGAGGCCUUCUGGUUCUGUAUUUUUGUUUUUAAUCCCGAUCCUGACGAACGAAAUCAAUGUGUGGAUGGAAGACCUAUUGGGUAUGUGAUUAUAUGUCCUUUCUCUAAGUGGUCCAGUGACAGUACUCCCGCGGAGAUGUCCUCAUCUGGAUUAAAAAACUGGAAUCUUCUGGACAUAAACAGGAUUAUCCUAGGCUGGACUAGACUAUUUCAACUGGCGGUGGAGGACAAGGAAGGCAGAUGUUGUAAGGAUUUUAUGAUUGAAAUGAUCAACAAUAAUUCUCAGUAGUAGUUAUGAUUAAAAAUAUAUAGUUUUGGCAAAAAAAAAGAUAAAUCUUUCUGUUUAAAAAUGUAAUAACAAUAAUAAUUAUUAAAAUAAAACUAUUAAUUAUUAAACAAAAUCUUUCUAUUUAAAAAAGCAAUAAAAAUGAUCAAAAUAAAAUUAUUAAAUAUAAAAAAAAAAUCGUUCUUUUUUAGAAGGCAAUAAAAAUGAUUAAAAUAAUGACAGUUCUGCCAAAUUAAUAUAAGUUUAUGACUUAAAACAGAAAAAUAAUUGAACAAAAUGCGAAAUUACAAAACUGAUGUCCAAGUAGGUGACGAAAAAAAGCUGGCAAUUGUUUUAGUUUUAUUUCCUCUUUAUUUUCCAUCGUCUCUUUUAAAGCAACCUUUUUUUGCAAGUUUUUUUCUUUAAAUACAUUUUGAUGUUUUUUUUUUUUAAAUUUAUUUUUUUUUUUUUGUAAUUUCUUAGAUUAAUAACAUGAUGUGGAUUCGGAGGCCUUCCCAUUCUAUUCAUUUUGUUGCUUUAGUUUUUUUUUUUAAAUUUUUUUUAUUUAUUUUUUUUUUACUAUCCUUUGGGACUCAGUUCUUUUUUUUUGCCUGCUGUUGUUGUUGUUGCUUUUCGUUACUCGGAUGGAGCGCUCUCGCUCACUCUCAUUUACAGCUCAAUAUCCAUCUCUUUCUAUUCCGGGCUUGCUCUAUUUUUUAGUUUUUUGUUUAGUUUUUUUUUUUUUUGAAAAAUUAUUUCCAA